AAUUUCGUCAUUUGGGCGGUUCCACCAGAUUCCCCUCGCUUUCGCUCUUACCGGAGCUUUCUUUCUCAGUUUCUUUUCACUGCGGGCGAUUGACUGAAUCAUGCAGCAGGGCGGAGGAUCUGAAUCGGAGGUCACUUGGGAGGACCAACAGAAUAUUAACAAAUUUAGUAGGUUGAACAAUCGCUUCCACGAGCUUGAGGAUGAGAUUAGACUCGCCAAGGAAACAAAUGAUAACCUAGAGGAUGCAAGUAAUGAGUUGAUUCUCAGUGAUGACGAGGUGGUUCGUUUCCAAAUUGGGGAAGUUUAUGCCCAUGUGCCAAAGGAAGACGUGGAAGACAGGCUGGAAAAAAUGAAAGAAGAGAAUGUCAAGAACUUGGAGAAACUUGAGAAAGAAAGGGAUUCUAUUGUGGCCCAGAUGACUGAGUUGAAGAAAAUUCUGUACGGGAAAUUCAAAGACUCCAUCAAUCUAGAAGAUGAUUGAUUAAUACAGAUAAGUCUUUCUGAAGCUGUUUUGAUUUGAAACUGUUCUUUGCAUCUUGGAUUUUUAUUCUCUCAUGUGGUCCUUGUACUCUUGGUAUCCACUGGCCUUUUGAUUUGAGAAAAUGACCUGAUAGAAAAUUGAUAGUUUACUCGAGAUGAAUAGAUGUUUGUAUUAGCAUUCUUAUCUCUAUAGCAUACAUGAAUCAUGAACAUCUGAUGUUCCUUGGCUAGUCUUGUUAAAUGGAUGGAUUCACUAACUGAAUUGCUAAUUGGUUCCCUUUUUAUGCUUAA